AUGUUUUUGUCACAUGAUAAUCAUCUUUCCACAACCCACACAGAAAAACCACCCUGUCUACAGAACCACAACUACACCAUCACCCAGUCUACAGAACUACCACACCACCACCUAGUCUACAGAACCACUACCACACCAUCACCCAGUCUACAGAACCACUACCACACAAUUACCAAUUCUACAGAACCACCACACCACUGCCCAGUCUCCAGAACCACCACACCAUCACCAGUCUACAGAGCCACUACCACACCACCACCCAGUCUACAGAACCACCACACCAUCCCCAGUCUACAGAGGCACUACCACACCACCACCCAGUCUACAGAACUGUCACUACACCAUCACCCAGUUUACGGAUCCACCAUCAAACCAUCACCGAGUCUGUCUACAGAACCACCACACCAUCACCCAAUCUACAAACCACCACACUACCACCCAGUCUACAGAACCACCACACCAUCACCCAGUCUACAGAACCACCACCACCCAACCACCAAGUCUACAGAACCACCACUACACCAUCACCCAGUUAACAGAACUGUCACCACACCACCACCCUGUCUACAGAACCACCACACCACCACCCUGUCUACAGAACCACCACUACACCAUCAUUCAGUCUACAGAACUGCCACUACACCAUCACCCAGUCUACAGAACCACCAAACCAUCACCCAGUCUACAGAACCACCACCACCCAACCACCCAGUCUACAGAACCACCACACCAUCACCCAGCCUACAGAACCACCACACCACCACCCAGUCUCCAGAACCACCACCAUACCACUACCCUGUCUACAGAACAACUACCACACCACCCAGUCUACAAACUACCACUACCACACCACCCAGUCUACAGAACCAUCAUACCACCAUCCAGUCUACAGAACAACUUCUACACCACCACCCAGUAUACAGAACCACCAAUAAACCAUCACCCAGUCUACAGAACCACAACUACACCAAAAGCCAAUCUGCAAAACCCACACACCACCAUCUUGUCUACAGAACCACUACCACAACACCACCCAGUUUACAAAACCACCACCACACCACCACCCAGUCUACAAAACCCACAUACCACCAUCCAAUCUACAAAACCACCACUACACCACCAUAA